AUGCGACGACCAUCACGAUUUUCUUCAUUUGCUUCAGUUGAAACUCGACUUCAUUUUCGAAUUGAUCGAGAACGUCUUUCUGCAGCAUCAGAAGAAAGUAGUGAAACAUCAAGUGUAUCACCUGUCUUAGGUUCACAAAGAAAUAAUACAGCUGGUAGUUCACGUCGGAUUGGCGAAAGAUUUAUUAUUCUUCAUUAUUCACCAUUCAAAGCAGUAUGGGAUUGGGUUGUUAUUUUACUUGUUUUAUAUACUGGUAUAAUAACACCAUAUACAAUAUCAUUUUUAUCUGAUGAAGAUCAAAAACGAACAAAUUUAAAUGCUCAAGCAGCUACAAGACAAUUCAAUCGUGAAAGAACGAGUAUUCAUGCAUUAAUUCUUAUUGAUGUAUUAGUUGAUAUGGUAUUUAUUUUAGAUAUUUUAAUUAGUUUUCGAACAACAUUUGUAUUAAAAGAAACCAAUGAAGUAAUAACAAGUCCAAUAUUAAUUGCUAAACAUUUUGUUAUUGAUAAUUGGAGACGUUUUGGUGCGGAUAUACUUGGUGCUUUACCAUGGGAUAUACUUUUCUAUGGAAAUGGAAGUCAUUCGACAAUGCGUUUAGCAAAUUGUUUUAAAUUAGCACGUCUUUUACGACUUAUUGAAUUUAUUGGAAAUUUUCAAAAUUCAGAAUAUUCAUCAGCUGUUUUAGUGUUUCUUAUGCUUCUCUUUGCUAUUGCUGCACAUUGGCUUGCAUGUAUAUUUCAUUUUAUUGCUAUUCUUGAAAGACCGAAUUUAUUAGUUAAAUAUUCAUGGUUAGAUCAUCUUGCUGAAAAAUAUGAAAUGCCUUACCUUGCUAAUGAUACUUUAAGUGGACCCGAUUUAAAAUCAAAAUAUUUAACUGCACUUUUCUUUGCUAUGACAUCGUUAACAUCAGUUGGUUUUGGAAAUGUUGCAGCCAAUACAAAUGGUGAGAAACUGUUUUCGAUUUUAUCAAUGUUAGCUGGAUCAUUUUUAAGUGCAUCAAUUCUUGGAAGUGUAACAACGAUUAUUAUUAAAUUAUAUCAAGGUGCAGAAGAAUUAAAAGAAAUGAAACAAAGUAUUGAUGAUUUUAUAAAACAUCAUCGUAUUAAUAAACUACUUGCUAAACGAAUGGAAGAUUCAUUUGAACAUGAAUGGAAAAAUACAAAAGGUAUUGAUAUGAAUAGUAUAUUAAAAACAUUUCCAGAAUGUAUUCAAGCGGAUAUAUGUUUACAUCUUAAUCGAGAAUUAUUAAAUAAUUGUCCGGUUUUUGAAGAUGCUGAUGAAAUUUGUCUUCGAGCAUUAGCUCUUCUGUUUAAAUCAACUCAUGUUCCACCAGGUGAUACACUUAUUCAUCAAGGUGAUAUUCUUCAUUCAAUUUAUUUCGUUCGUGGUGGUCAAGUAGAAAUCUUUCAAAAUAAUGAAUUAUUAGUUAUUCUUGGUCGUAAUGAUACAUUUGGAGAAAAUCCAUGUAAUUCAACAACAUUAGGAAAAGCUAGAUGUGUUGUUCGAGGUUUAACUUAUUGUACAUUGAAUACAAUUGAUCGAGAUGAUUUACUCAAUGUUUUUCAACUUCAUCCUGAUUUUGAAAAAUCAUUUGUUGAAAAAUUUCAUGUAACAUUUGAUCUUCAACAUUGUGAAUUCACCGAAACCAAACCAUUUUAUAAAUUAGAUACUGAUCUUCAAAUGCUUAUUAAAGAACGUAAUCCAAAAUUACAAAAAGAACGACGUUUAAGUGUAUUAAGUGAACGAGAAGAUGAGGCAAAUCGAUUAGCUAAUUUACGAUCUUAUCGUAUGUGUAGAAGUACUGAUAUUGGUUUCCGACGAUCGAUGAAUACUACGGUUGAAUUAUCAGCUGAUCAAGCACAAUUCAAUUCUGAUCAUUUUCUUUUUAGUCGAGACAGACCUUUAACAACUUUAUUAAUACCUCCAAUGUUCUUUCCAAUAAAUAUUACAAUACCAAGCGAAUCUAAAACAACUACAUUUAUGCCUCAAGAAGAUAAACUAAAGAAAAUCAUACCACGAAAAGAAUCAAAUUCGAUUCAAGAACCAAUUCCAGUAAAAAAAUAUGAGAAUAGUUCAAUACGAAAUAUGAAAGAUGUUGAUACUGAAUUAUCACUUUUACAAAUACGUGUGGAUAAUUUUGAACGAGUUAUAGAAAAUCAAAUGAAAUUGUUAUUUGAUGUUGCGAAUAAUAUUGUCGCAGCAAAUAUUCAUCGACAAAAUAAUUUCAAUCAAUCAAAUGAAACAAUGGACACUCAAAAUUGUCUUGUCAUUAAUAAUUUGCUUUUUUCGAAAGAUAAAUAA